AUGUCUGAAUCAGAUGAUGUCAUGCUGAGAAUCACUGAGGGUCAUAAAACCACCCUGAAAAAGAAGUAUGAGUGCUUAUAUGAAGGUGUCGCACUGAAAGAAAACCAAACCCUCCUCAACAGCAUUUACACAGAGCUCUACAUCACAGAAGGAGAGAGUGAAGGAGUGAAUGAGAAACAUGAGGUUUUACAGAUUGAAACAGCAUCCAGGAAAUGGGUUUCUCAAGACAAACCAAUCAGCUGCAAUGACAUCUUCAAACCCUUGUCAACCAACAGAACUAAAGAGCAGAAAAAAGCCUUGUCUCAUCAGGAACCUGGAAGGGACAGACAAAAGCCAGAAAUCAGAACUGUACUCACCAAGGGCAUUGCUGGAAUUGGAAAAACAGUCUCUGUGCACAAGUUCAUUCUGGACUGGGCAGAAGGAAGGACCAAUCAGGACAUUGAUUUUGUGUUGGUUCUUCCUUUCCGAGAACUGAACUUGGUUAAAGAUGAUCAGUUCAGUCUUCAUGGACUCCUGCUAGAGUUUCACCCAGAGCUGAAAGACUUGGAUCCAAAGAAAUAUAAUAACUGUAAAAUGCUGUUCAUCUUUGAUGGUUUAGAUGAGAGUCGACUUCAUUUGAAUUUUUCGGAGAGGCUGUGUGAUGUGACCACAACAUCAUCAGUGAAUAUACUGAUAACAAACCUCAUUCAAGGAAAUCUUCUUCCCUCUGCACUCAUCUGGAUAACCUGCAGACCAGCAGCAGCCAGUCAGAUUCCCUCUCAGUUCACCAGUCGUGUGACAGAAAUAGUUGGAUUUAAAGAUUUACAGAAAGAGGAAUACUUCAGAAAAAGAGUCAGUGAUGAGAGUCAAGCCAACAGAAUCAUCUCACACAUCAAGACAUCAGUGAGUCUCCACAUCAUGUGUCACAUCCCAGUGUUCUGUUGGAUUUCAGCCACUGUGCUUCAGGAAAUGCUCUGUCAAGACAAUGUAAAAGAGAUCCCUAAAACUCUGACUGAGAUGUACACACACUUCCUGCUCAUUCAGAUUAAAAUGAAGAAGCAGAAAUAUGAGGACAAAGUUGAAACAGACUCAAAGAAUCUCCUGAAAUCAAGCAAGGAGAUCUUCCUGAAACUUGCUAAGCUGGCUUUUAAUCAGUUGCUGAGGGGCAAUAUCAUGUUUUAUGAAGAGGAUCUGAGAGAAUGUGACAUUGAUGUGAGUGAGGCCACAGUGUACUCUGGGAUUUGUACUGAGAUCUUCAAGGAGGAAUCUGUGCUUCGUCAGAAGAAGGUCUACUGCUUUGUGCAUCUGAGUGUUCAAGAGUUCUUUGCUGCUCUCUAUGUGUUUUACUGCUGUGUAAACAGGAACAUGGAGGCACUGGAGUAUUUUCUGAAGAAAAAGACCAGACCUGUGCCAGAGAAUUUUCCCUUGCAUGUGUUGCUGAAGAAAGCUGUGGAUAAAUCUUUGGAGAGUAAGGAUGGACGUCUCGAUCUGUUCGUCCGCUUCCUUCAUGGCAUCUCACUGGAGUCCAACCAGAAACUCCUACAAGGUCUGCUGACACACACACAGAACAACCAAAAGAGUAUCAAGAAAAUUAGCCGUUACAUCAAAGAGUUAGAUAAAGAUGGUGUCCCACCUGAGAGAUGGAUCAAUCUACUGCACUGCCUGACUGAAAUGAAUGAUGGCUCUCUCCAUGAAGAUGUUCAAGCUUUUGUCAAGUCUGGAAAUUCCAGAACUGAACUCUCACUUGCACACUGCACAGCACUGGCCUACAUGUUUCUGAUGUCAGAGGAGGUGCUGGAUGAGUUUGACCUGAGGAAAUACAAGACAUCAGAUGAGGGUCGUAGGAGACUGCUCCCAGCUGUGAGGUGCUGCAGAAAAGCUCUACUUGCUGGUUGUAAUCUCACUGAACAGUCUUGUUCAUCUGUAGCCUCAGUUCUACAGUCAGUAAACUGUCCCCUGAGAGAACUGGACCUGAGUAACAAUGACCUUCAGGAUUCAGGAGUGAAGUUUCUCUGUGAGGGACUGAAGAAUCCACACUGUAAACUGGAGAUACUGAGGUUGUCUGGUUGUUUAGUGACAGAGGAAGGUUGUUCUUCUCUGGCUUCAGCUCUAGGUUCAAACCCCUCACACCUGAGAGAACUGGAUCUGAGCUACAAUCACCCAGGAGACUCAGGAGUGAAGCGUCUCUCCACACAGAUGAACCAACAGUGUCGACUUAAGUCAGUACCUGUGGACCAUGGUGGAGAAUUGAUGAUCAAACCAGGAUUUAUAAAAUAUGCCUGUGAUCUCACACUGGACCCAAACACAGUAAACAGAGAACUCUCUCUGUCUGAGGGGAACAGAAAGGUGACACGUGUGAGAGAGUAUCAGUCGUAUCCUGAUCAUCCAGAGAGAUUUGGUGGUUGGUGUCAGGUCAUGUGUAGAGAGAGUCUGACUGGACGCUGUUACUGGGAGACUGAGAGGAGUGGAGAGGCUGAAAUAUCAGUGACAUAUAAAGGAAUCAGGAGGAAAGGACUGGGUGAUGAUUGUGAGUUUGGAAGCAAUGAAAAGUCCUGGAAACUGAGAUGCUCUGAUAACAGUUACACUGCCUGUCACAAUAAACAGAGAACUGACAUACCUCACCACCCCUCACACACACACAGAAUAGGAGUGUAUCUGGACUGGUCGUCUGGAACUGUGUCCUUCUACAGCAUCUCCUCUGACACACACACACUCACACACAUACACACAUUCCACUGCACAUUCACUGAACCCCUCUAUGCAGGGUUUUAUGUUUAUUAUGACUCUUCAGUGUCUCUGUGU